AUGGCAGAGCAAGAGCCCGUGGAAUGGGGAAAAAAGACGAUGAUCGAUGCAGAGAGACGGCUUUUAGCGAAUGCUCUCCUUGAUUUCACAAACGACAGAUUUGUGUUGCUCUCGGAGACUUGCAUUCCUUUAUUCAACUUCACAACAAUAUACAAUUACCUCCUCAACUCCAAUCAAAGUUAUAUAGGUUCAUAUGAUGAUCCAAGGAAGGUAGGCCGUGGCAGAUACAAUCCCAAAAUGUUCCCUGCCAUUUCCAUAGCUCAGUGGCGUAAAGGCUCCCAAUGGUUUGAAGUGACUCGCAGCCUUGCUAUCGAAAUCGUAUCAGACAAAAAAUACUACGAGAUUUUUAGAAAAUAUUGCAGCCCUCCUUGCUACAUGGACGAGCACUACAUACCAACCUUGGUGUACAUUGCUUGGCCAGAGCAAAACUCGAAUAGGAGUGUUACUUGGGUAGAUUGGUCAAAGGCUGGUCCUCACCCUGGGAAAUUUGGGAAGGGAGCUAUUUCGGAAGAUUUUCUGAAUAAAGUAAGGUUUGCUGGUAAUUGCUGUUAUGAUGGGAAUAUUACUUCCAUGUGCUUUCUGUUUGCUAGGAAAUUCCUGCCAAAUACAUUGCAACCCUUGUUGGACAUUGCAACCAUGUUGUUAAGCUCUAAUCAAUUCUUGACAUGAGUGUACCCAUUUAAUACUAAGCUACCCAAUUGUAUUUAUAAGAUUUUUUUUUUCAAAAAUCUAUUUGUAAGAUUAUUAGACUUUUAAUAUUCCAUUUUUUUC